CUCCCGCUUGAUCCACGCAAAAGGAGGCGCACAUCUGUAUCAGCUGGGCUGUCUAGCAGAGAUCUUACAACACCAUAAAUUAUACUUAUAAUCACCACAACAACAAAACGUGUUUCCACAUUCUUUUAGGGUGUUGACGUCACAAAAUAUGACAACAGAUAUUCGAAGCUUCCAGUGCAGCCAGUGCUGCAUACUUCACCGUGUGUGCUCUAUAAUGCCUUCAGUGACCUCUGGUCUGUGUUAGAAUAAGUCUGGAGUGGAACAGACACACACACACCGAGAAUAUUGAGUGAACACUUAAAUUGACUGUAUCUACAGUACGGUGGCUUGCCUUUAUGUGGCGUAUGUGUGCGGCAGCGUGUCUGUGCGGUUCCACUUGAUGAAACCAACACAUUCGCAGGUCAAAGUGUAAUCUUCCAGCGUUCACCUGCAUCUCGUCCUCUAAUAACAGCCCACUCUGGCGUGCGUGUCUCUCUUCCAGAGCUCCACAGUCUGUGAUUGAUGGAACGAGCCGAGCAGCAGAGACAGACUGAGGGAGGCGGAUGUAUUUAUUGAAGCAGAUAAACGAUGGAGAGAGCGAGGGAGACGUAGGAAGCGGGAGAGAGAUGAGCUGGAGAUGGAGAUGGCACAGCAGUUUCCACCUGCAAAAACAAGGCUGUUGAAUCCCCGCUGCACUGCCUCAGACAAACGGCGUGGUCCAACAGCUGCAGUGAUGUGGAUGGAUACCAAAACGGAGGUGGAGGAGGCCAGCAGGAAUCACGCCAGCCGCAGUCGGCGUGUGAUGAGCGGCCUGCUGUUGUUUACUGGGGACAUGGAGCACUUGGAUAAGUGCAUGCAGGACAAGCUGUUUGUGCUGCAGCUGGCGGUGUGGGGCCUGAGAGGGGUGGCCAGGGUGAUCCUAGCCAACAACCCGCUGAGCGGUGCUCUCAUCCUGGCCGCACUGUACUGGGCUUCCCCCUGGCAGGGCCUGCUGGGAACUCUGGGUGUACUGGCCUCUACGCUAACAGCUGUUAUCAUAGGGCAAGACAGCGCUGAGGUGUCAGGAGGUCUCCAUGGUUUUAACGGCAUGUUGGUGUCUCUGCUGAUAGGAGUGUUCAGCACUGCAGGAGACUGGUACUGGUGGCUGCUGCUGCCUGUCUGCUUGGGAUCAGCUACAUGUGUCUUUCUGUUCAGUGGUCUCUCCCCGGUGUUGGACCGCUGGGACUUGCCUGUCGCUGUGUUUCCCUUCAACAUCAUCAUUGUCCUCUACCUCCUUUGUACCGGCACAGACAACCCUUACUUCCCGCACCACCCGGCUACACCACCGGGGCUGCCAGAGCACAAUGGCACCGAACUCAUUGCAGUCGAGGUUACGCGUGGCAUCCUUCUGGGCGUGGGUCAGAUCUUUGCCUGUGGAGCUUUGGGGCCCUCACUCCUCAUCCUGGGUGCUGUUCUGCUCUACUCUCCCCUGCUGGCCGCCCAUGCUCUGCUGGGAUCGGCAGUGGGAACGUUGGCUGGUCUAUCCAUGGCGGUGCGAUAUGAAUCUCUGUACUCAGGCCUGUCGGGGUUUAAUGGAGCGCUGGGCUGCAUGGCUGUUGGAGGACUCUUCUUCACCUUCAGCUGGAGGACUCACCUCUUUGCCAUCGCCAGCGCCUUCCUCUCUGCAUAUGCUGACAUCGCUCUGAGCAAUCUGUUGGGAACUGUUGGUCUCCCAGCAUGCAGUUGGGCAGCUACUCUGACAGCCACACUGAUGUUGCUGCUGACCGGCAGUUUAGCAGCGUACCGCAUCCCUAUUGGUCAAGUCAUGGCCCCUGAACACAACCUGCGCUCCCGCAGCCAAUGGGAAGCUGGGAACACCGCAGACAGGGAGUGCACUGAUGUGUAACGCAUUGUACCAUACUGUAUCAGUACUUUGAGCUUUUAUGAAUAAUAAACUCCCAUUCCACAAUAGGCUCACAAGUGACUACAAAAAAGUAGAUUCAACACUUUGGGAAAGCAGUCACUAUACAUUUUGUCCACAAGGUGGCAAUGUAUGUUUAGCAACACAAUAAUGAGAACUGUUUAUAAAGUAUCACAGUUGUUAUUUAUGUCUCUGUAUUCAACCAUUUUUACUAAAUGUGUAACAUUUUUAACCAAGCCGAAUAAACAGCCAUUUAAGGGGAAAGAAAACAUCUUUUAAUAGUCAUGAAAUCAACAAGUUAUUGUCAAUAAAAACACAAACUGAAUUCAACAGUAAUUAUUUUUAACCCCUUCAUUACCCUGCAUAGACAUACUACAACAAAGCACGCACUGGGACUCAUUGUAAAAACAGACAUGAACAUGUAUCUCAAUGCAGGCGGGCGGUGAGUACACACGGACGACAUGUGAUGCGUUUCUGAAAUGGCCGGAGUGGUCAGCUGCCUAGGCCAGGAAGUUAAAGGCAACUGUUUGAAUCUUGAGACUUUAUUAUUAUUAUAAAUUCUCUUCAAUUAAAUAGUGACGGUGUUCCAUGGGUUCAUUCAUAGAUAUAGUCUUUUUAUCACAGUGCCCCUGUGUAAUUAUUUUUAUGCAUAUUUCCCAUCAACAUCUAUCAUCCCAAACACACACACAUCCACAUUCUCACACAAGCCAUACACCCCAGUCUAAUGUUAAAAAAAAGAGAACGAAUAUUAACCAUUAAAAUAUUAUUUAAGGUUUUUUUUUAUACAGGUGAAGUGACAUUCUUCCACAAACAAUAACGUCCUCUAAAAUGUUGUUUUACGUCAUGCAGUUCUAUUUUAGUGCUUUCAGGAUUCUUUUUGUCUCCAUGGUUUUUAGUUCUGGGACUAAAUUAUUUUAUCACAAACUACCACACGGACAAAUGGUGAUGAGGAAUCGAGAUGAAACAUACGAAAGUGACUCUCAGUCCGUGAUUGAUCAAGCAAUCACGAACAAUAACAAGCAAUAACAAUAAUAAAGCAAUAACAAGCAAUAACAAUAAUAAAAAAGAAGAAAUAUAAAUACUUGCACAAACACUACAUUCGUAGUUCUACGUACUUUCAGUUGAAGAUUUGAUUGCGAGUGCUCUUGUGCUUCUUUUAGCAUGACUGUGUGUGUGUGUGUUGUCUGCUUAUGUUCAUAAUGGUUCAGAAUAAAGGCAGAAUGACAUAGCUGUCUUAAUUGGUAUGUUUGUACACACUCACACAUACACACCAUGUACAAAGUACCCACACAGACACACCAUGCAUACUCACUGGUGAUGAUUACAGUACCUAACGAUGAGAUUAUUGAGAUUAUAUCCAAUUGAACCCAGUGUAAACAGAUAAGGUGUGUGUGUGUGGCUCUGUGUUUAAUGUACCUUAUGUAUCCGCAUGAUUGUUUUCAUGCACAAUCUCGAUGAAUAUUUAAUUAUUAUUUUCCUGAUGAAUUUUAGCGUGCAUGCACUCGCAUUUUCAUGUGUUCUCUUUAUAGCUGUAAUGACCGAGAAAUGUCUAGUAAAUUAUUUUCCAUUAAUGUCGCUAUUUUAGAGCAUUCCAUUGAAAGAAUAAAUGUAUGUUUGUGUUGUAUAUGCUUAGUUUUUCACAAUGUUUUGUUCUUCAUGCAUGUAAACAAUCAUCUAAACUAAUCAAGUGUAAACAGUGACGCUGUGCCUGCGUCCAGUCCGCUGUUAGCAGACUCUACUUAUUAACCAACAGGA